AUGCUAUCCUCUUCCACCUCUCCUGCUAUCCUCUUCCACCUCUCCUGCUAUCCUCUUCCACAUCUCAUGCUAUCCUCUUCCGCCUCUCCUGCUAUCCUCUUCCACCUCUCCUGCUAUCCUCUUCCACCUCUCCUGCUAUCCUCUUCCGCCUCUCCUGCUAUCCUCUUCCCCGACUCUCCUGCUACCCUCUUCCGCCUCUUCUGCUAUCCUCUUCCGCCUCUCCUGAAAUCCUCUCCCGACUCUCCUGCUAUCCUCUUCCGCCUCUCCUGCUAUCCUCUUCCGCCUCUCCUGCUAAUCCUCUCUUCUCCCUGCUACCCUCUUCCACCUCUCCUGAAAUCCUCUUCCACCUCUCCUGCUAUCCCUCUUCCGCCCUCUUCCUGCUCUCCUCUCCUCUUCCUCUCCUGCUAUCCUCUUCCCGCCUCCUGCUACCCUCUUCCGCCUCUCCUGCUAUCUUCCGCCUCUCCUGCUGUCCUCUUCCGCCUCUCCUGCUAUCCUCUUCCCUCUCCCACUAUCCUCUUUCUGCCUCCUGCCUCCUCUUCCGCCUCUCCUGCUAUCCUCUUCCGCCUCUCCUGCUAUCCUCUUCCGCCUCUCCUGCUAUCCUCUUCCGCCUCUCCUGCUAUCCUCUUCCACAUCUCAUGCUAUCCUCUUCCGCCUCUCAAGCUAUACUCUUCCGCCUCUCCUGCUAUCCUCUUCCACCUCUCCUGCUAUCCUCUUCCCGCCUCUCCUGAAAUCCUCUUCCGCUAUCUUCCCUGCUAUCCUCUUCCACACUCUCUCCCUCUUCCACCUCUCCUGCUAUCCUCUUCCGCCUCUCCUGCUAUCCUCUUCCGCCUCUCCUGCUAUCCUCUUCCACCUCUCCUGCUAUCCUCUUCCGCCUCUCCUGCUAUCCUCUUCCACCUCUCCUGCUAUCCUCUUCCGCCUCUCCUGCUAUCCUCUUCCACCUCUCCUGAAAUCUCUUCCCGGCUCUCCUGCUAUCCUCUUCCGCCUCUCCAGCUAUCCUCUUCCGCCUCUGCUGCUAUCCUCUUCCCUCUCCUGCUAUCCUCUUCCGCCUCUCCUGCUAUCCUCUUCCACCUCUCAUCUGCUAUCCUCUUCCGCCUCUCAUGCUAUCCUCUUCCACCUCUCCUGCUAUCCUCUUCCACCUCUCCUGCUAUCCUCUUCCGCCUCUCCUGCUAUCCUCUUCCGCCUCUCCUGCUAUCCUCUUCCGCCUCUCCUGCUAUCCUCUUCCGCCUCUCCUGCUAUCCUCUUCCGCCUCUCCUGCUAUCCUCUUCCGCCUCUCCUGCUAUCCUCUUCCGCCUCUCCUGCUAUCCUCUUCCACCUACUCUGCUAUCCUCUUCCGCCUCUCCUGCUAUCCUCUUCCGCCUCUCCUGCUAUCCUCUUCCACCUCUCCUGCUAUCCUCUUCCGCCUCUCCUGCUAUCCUCUUCCACCUCUCCUGCUAUCCUCUUCCACAUCACAUGCUAUCCUCUUCCGCCUCUCCUGCUCUCCCUUCCCAUGCUGUCUCUCCUGCUACCCUCUUCCUCUUCUGCUAUCCUCUUCCACCUCCUGAAAUCCUCUUCCGACUCUCCUGCUAUCCUAUUCCGCCUCUCCUGCUAUCCUCUUCCGCCUCUGCUGCUAUCCUCUUCCCGACUCUCCUGCUACCCCUCCACCUUCUGCUAUCCUCUUCCACUUCCACAUGCCUCUCCUCUCCUGCUAUCUUAUUCCGCCUCUCCUGA